AUUUAAAAAUUAUUGUUUUAGUAAAGAAAAUAAUUAGAUUAACAAAAUUCAAUCACAUAAGAUGUAGAAGAAUUUAUUUACAUCCAUAGAUAAUAAAAAAUAUAAAUUAACACAAUGCAUUUCAUAUCGUUAAACAAGUUCUUGAUAUUCAUAAUUUUUGUCACGGAACUUAAGUUUUCACAAAGUUCGCAUCGGAUAGAAAUUAUUAAUACUAAAAAAUUGGAAUAUAACUCCCAAAAGAUAAAUGAAAGUAAUCUGCAUGAUUACCUGCACCGUCACGAAAGGCAACUACUUUUCGGAAAUGAUAUGUCAAAAUCAAAAUACAAAAUAAUUAAUGUAAAGCAUCAUCGACGAAUGAAACGAUCUAGUGAGAUUGGAAAUGUUGAAUUAGAUAGCACAAUAAAUAUAAAAAUCAGAGAUGACGAUAAUAAUUUACAACUAAACUUAAAGAGAUCUCAAAAUCUUAUCGACAAAUCAUUUGUAUAUAUAUCGCGAAAUCGAAGUCAAUCAAGCUUCGUUGCCGAUUCAUUCAAUAUGGCACAAAAAUUCAGCAACUGCUUAUAUCGAAGCGAGAAUUCUGCAUUUGAUUUAUGUGAUCAUGAAAUUCGUGGAAUUUAUCGAAUGAAUAAUACUGAUGUUUUUAUUCAGCCACUUCCUGAGAGAUUUGGUAUUGGCUCGCACAUUUUGAUUGAAAAAGACAUCAAAGAUUCUAUGUUUGAGCCUCAAGAUAAGUUUCUGCUUCCCGACAAUGCAAAAGAACUAAUAAAAAAACGAAUCAAACGAUCACCCUUGAUAAAAUAUCCAUCGAGCAAAUUUUAUCAAUCAAGUACAUCAAAACUUCCAGUUCCGCAGACAUUGCAUGUUGAAACUGCAAUUUUCGUUGACAAGGAUUUGUUUCGUCACAUGGUUAAAAAUUUUCCAACAAAUACCGAACAGCAUUUAAUUCGCUUUAUUCUUGCAAUGAUUAAUGGCGUACAGCUACUUUAUCAUCAUCCCUCUCUUGGCUAUAAAGUUAAUUUCGUUCUUAAAAGAAUAGAAAUACUUCACAAUGAAAUGAAUGAUUUAAGACGUAGCAGCGACAUUGAUAUAUACUUAAACUCAUUUUGUUUGUGGCAAAAAAAACUUAAUCCUGUAUCUGAUAAAGAUGUUCUACAUUUUGAUCACGCAUUAAUUUUAACAGGCCUUGAUCUUUAUGUUGUAUCUAAAAAUGGAAAAGUUAGCAGUCAAGUCGUAGGAUUAGCACCCGUUUCAGGAAUGUGCACACAAGUUUCAUCCUGUACUAUUAAUGAAGGAAAGCAUUUCGAGAGUGUAUUCGUUGUAGCACAUGAAAUUGGUCAUAAUCUAGGGAUGCGUCAUGAUAGUUUAGAUAAUGGAUGUGAUCCAAGUUCCUUUAUCAUGUCACCUACUCUUGGUAGUGGAAAAAUUACUUGGUCAUUAUGCAGUAAACAAUAUUUAGAUGCAUUUUUGAAUAACCAGCAAGCCACAUGUCUUUUUGAUCGAGGAAAUUUUAGAACCAAUCUAGAUCACUCAGCAGAGGGGAUAUUACCUGGCGAGAGAUUUGAUUCUGAUCAACAGUGUAUGUUAAAAUAUGGCAAGGAAAGUAUUAGGUCAAAGAAUCAGAAUAUAGGAGAAAUAUGCAGAGACUUACACUGUCAGAGAGAUCGUUAUACGUGGACUAGUCAUCCUGCAUUAGAAGGGACAAAUUGUGGCGAUUAUAUGUGGUGUCGAAGCGGAGUUUGUACAUCAAAAUCAAAUGCAAUAUCCGAGAAUUCACAUAUAAGCAACAAGCAUUUGUUAAAUUCUCUAAAAACAGUUGAAAAGUCAAGUUUAAUAGAACAGAAAAAAUUCAGUAGUUUAAUUCAAGAGCCAACACUGCUAUACACAAACAAUGGAAUAAAUAAAAAUAUUCCCGUAAAAGCUGCAGCUCAGUGGACAAAUUUUGGAAACUCAUCUGAGUGCGAAUCAGGGUGUCUUUAUGGUGAAUCGGGAAGACUAAAAGAAGGAAGUGUAGGACUUAAAAUUUAUACACGAACCUGCCUUGAAACAAAGUCAAAUAAAAAGUGCAUUGGAUUAGAUCGAAAAUACGAGACUUGUAACGCAAAACAAUGCUAUUCGAUUCCAAAAUUGACAAUAAUUGAAUUUGCAAAUCAAAUCUGUGAUCGGGCAAAAGAAUUCGACAAGGAUUUAAUUGGGGGAGGUCUUCAGCAAAUUGGAAAGACACCUUCAGACUCAUGCAAGGUAUUUUGUAAAACAAAAGAUGGUACAAAAUCUAGAAGUUGGAUAUUCCCCGAUGGUACAAUAUGUCAUAAUGAAAACUCCGACAUAGAUGACAGCUAUUAUUGUGUCAAUGGAAAUUGUGAGAAAUUCACAUGUAAAAACUCAACGGAAAAUUACUAUCGUCUUGAACCUACAUUCUGUCCUGAGAGUUUAAUAAUUGAAAAUAAUGAUAAAUCAUCAAAUCGUAAUAUUCUUCAAGAGAAUGCACGAGAUUUUAAUAGAUAUGACGAACUUCAUUAUGAUAAUUCGACUGAAAUAUCGGAAGAUCUAACAGAAACCAAUGAAUUAGCAGAGCCAGAAAAAUUAGUCUCAUCAACAGUAACGUCAAGUGAAAGUUCAACAAAGUUACAAUUAACAACAGAAACAAGUACGAAAAUUAAUACUACAGAAAAUAGGCAGCCAAUUACCUCUACAACUGCACGCGUUCCUUCUAUAUUAAAAUCUACACAAAAUUAUAGUGAACAAAGCAUUUAUGUACCGAAUUGGCGAGUCAGACAUAACUCAGAUUUGCAAUAUUCACCAUCAUCAUCUCAUCAAACGUCUGAUUAUUUCUCGAGUCCAGGUCCAACUGCUAUGAUUAUGAUGCGUGACAGAUGGAGAAACAAAUCGGGAUGUUUCUUUUCAUGCGUUCAAUAUUCAAAAGGUUUACAAACAGUCGUCUCUAAAUAUGAUUAUACAUCUAACAUUCGAUUAUGUGAAUCAUCAAAUAUACCCUGUGAUAAAAUAAUAACUACUUAUGAAUAUUCAACAAAUUUGUGUAUGAAGUAUCAGAUGAAAGUAAGAGGUUUAAGUGGCAGAGGGAUGCAAAUUGGACCAAAUUUGGAAGAUCCUGACAGAAGCUGUCGUAUUGCUUGUCAAGAUAAGUACAUUGCUCAUAGAUUUUACUUGGUAAACGGAGAGCACGGAUAUUUUCCUUUUGGUACUAAUUGUUCCUUCAGACCAGGCGAAGAUAAAAGAUAUUGCGUCAAUGGAAAAUGUAUCAAAUUUGGAACAGACGGUACACCUUCAAGUGGUAUAUUUUUUAAUAAUUUUAAUUCACCCAGGCUGAAAAGAAGUAUAUCAUCAAAUAAUCGCCCCAAAAGAUAUUUUGUUAUGUACAACAAUCAAAAUUAUAGUGAGAAUGUUUCACACGAUUAUCUACGUAAUUUGAUAAAAUCAAUUAAUUUGCGAUACAAAAAUUUUAAUGAAAUUGAUCUAAGUGCUGAACAUAUUGAUUUGAACCGUCCUAUAGAUGUAUAUUAAAAGCAA